AUGAAAAUAAAAAAGUCUUUUUUUUUAAAAAUUCAUAGUAAUUUUAUUCAUUAUAAAUGCUAUAAAAAUAACAAAAUAGUAAAAAAUGAAUAUACUAACAAUAAAUUACUAGAAAAUGUCAAUUAUUACACUAAAAAAGAAAAAAAAAAUAUUUUAAAACAAAUUUAUGAAAAUAUUACUCUGAAAAAGAAUCACUUAAAAGAAGAAUUAUUAAAAUUUUACAUGAACGAUAAAGAUAUAAAACAAAUAUUAGAACAAGAAAAAAUAUAUAAUGAAAGUAGUAAAAUAUUUAAAAUAAAUCAAAUAGAAAGUAAUGAAGAAAUUUUAAUUAAUAAAUUUAAUAAUUUUUAUGAUUUAUUACAUUUCUCAAUAGAAAAUUUAAAAAGAAAAGAUUUUUCUUUUAAUAAAAGCGGAUAUAAAUUAAAUGAUUUUUUAAAUUCUCCAAAUAAUAUACUAGAAAAACAUGAAUUCAUUAUAAAUAACUUAGAUAUAAUCAAAAAAUAUAUACUUUUUAUUGAAAAAAAUUUGAAUACAUACAACAACACUUCAUAUUCCUUUAAAAUAUAUUUUUCUCUAAAUAAAUUUAUAGUCUAUUUUUUUAAUUAUUCAUUUCCAUACAUUAAUUUUUUUGAUUAUAAAUUAUUAUACAAAUAUACCCUUCUAUUUAUAAAAUUAAAUCUCUUGGAAAAUUAUGAGAUACUUAAUCAAAAAAAAAACAAGUCAGAAAAUAUAUAUUCUGUAAAUAUAUCAAAUGAAGAUAUUUUUUAUUUAACAAAAAAUAACGUCAAAAAUUCAUUGCAAUUAUUAAUAUUAUUAAGUAAUCAGGUAAGUUAUUAUAAUUUACCUGACAUAUCAGAAUUUUUUUUUUUAUUUUUAAAAAAAACAAAAGUAAAUGAAUUAAUUAAAAAUGUUAAUGAUUAUAACUUGAAUAGUAUAAAAAAUGAAAAAGAAGAUACUAUUAAUGGAAAUAUUUAUAAGAAGCAACUUCCAGAAGAAAAUAAUUUAUCUGCAUUUGAAUCAACCCAUAUGGAAGUUGUAUGUAAAGGAAAUAAUAACAUAAACGACUUACAUGAUUAUAGUUAUAUAGUUUGCUUAUAUUUUAAUUCCUUAUUUUUAUUAAAUAAAAUUAUUAGUAAUAAUAUUCUAUUUUCAUCAAAUAUAAAUAAAAAUAUAUCUCACUUAUUUGAUUGUAUAGCAAUAUUAUGUGAAAAUAUAUUCGAUGAAACUUUUAGUGAAAGAAAAAUCAUGAAUUUAAAUUUUUUUUUAAUUAAUAAUCAUGUAAAAAAAUAUAUAAUAAAAGAUAUAAUAUUUAACCAUUUGAUGACUCAUAGAAUUGAAAAAAAUCAUUAUUCAUGUAACACAUCAGAUAACUAUUUAAUAAAUAGUAAUACUCAUGAAGAUGAUUUUAUAAAAAAAAGUGUGAAUUAUUUAAGUAAUAAUAAUAUUUUAGAAAACAACAAUAAUGAACAUAUAAAUAAUUUUAUAAUGAAUAAUAAAAAUGAUAACAUUUUUGUAAGUAAUAAUACAGAGAUAAAAAAUGUUAAAAAAAAAAAUAUAAAAAGUGAUAAAAAACACAAUUCAAAUGAUAAUUUAAAAUUUUUUAAUGAUUUUACUUUUAAUAACAAAGAAAAUGGAGAUGAUAAUGAAAUCUCGUUAUUAAAACAGAAAUCUUUUUAUGAAGAAUGCUUUUUAAAUUUAUAUAAAAAUACAGGAUAUAAUGUAAAAUUAUUUUUUAAAAAUAUGUGUCAUUAUUUUAUUUUAUAUGAUUGUGAUAAUAUUCUUAAGUUUCUUCAAGUUAUAUAUGUUACAAAAUAUACUGAUUUAUAUAAUAUAAAUGUUUUGUUCUAUAGUAUAUGGUUAAACUCAGAUUUUUUAAAAAAUUAUCAAAUUAAAAACGUAUUGUUUUUUUUAUCUCUGUUUAAGAGUAAUUUUAUAAUAAAAAACAUUGAUUUACAGAAUACAAUUUACAAUUGUUAUAAUAAGCAAUUAAUAUUUUAUUUAAGAAAAAAGUUAGAAAUAUAUUUUGAAAACAAUUCAUUAGAAAAUAGUAUUAAAAGUAUAUUUACAUUAUGUGACUUAAUAAGUUACAAUAAAGUUAUAAAAAAAAUUAUGUUGAAAAAAUUAGUUUUAUUAAACUUUAAUCACAUACAUCCAACAAUGUUCUGUCAAAUUUUCUUUUUAUUAAAUAAAUUAAGAUUUAAUUCCAGUAACAAGCUGUUUUCUGAAUUAUUUUUAAAACAUUAUAAAAAAGUAAUUAAUUUUUUAACACAUACAGAAAUUCUUGAUUUAAUUAAAAAUAUGGAAUAUUUAAUAAAUAAAAAAAAAAGAAAAAUAUUUUUAGUUAUGAUUUUGCAUUUUUUUAGAAAGUUAAAAGCAAAUAAUUAUAUGUAUACUCCAUGUUACUUUAAUUAUAUUUCUAAAUUAAUAAACAUUAUAAAUAAGUUUAAGUUGUAUGAAUACUGCAGAAAAGAAUAUUUUUAUCCCAUAUAUCAUUUUAUUUUUUCAUCUAAUGAGGAGAAAACUGCUUUUAACAAGGAAAAAAAAUAUUAUUUAUCUAAUAGUAAUAAUAUUUGUAAUUAUAACAAUUAUACUUUUUUAAUUAAAGAUAAUAAAACUGUAUUACUAGAGAUGAAUGCAAAAGAAAAAAAAAAUAUAUAUAUUUCUUCCAUUAUAAAAAAUGAAAAUAGCACUAUUCCAAAUACAAAUAAUGAGAAUGAAAAAAAUAGUAAAAAUAUUAAAAUAAAAUUAGAAUUAUUAACAAUUAAUCAAAUAUUAGAUUUAAUUUUUUUUAUUAUUAAUACCAACACAAAUAUAUAUAUUAUUAGUGAAUUAUAUACAGAUAUAUAUUUUAGAAUUCUUAGAAAUGUAACUGUUUCAAAAAAACAAUUGAUAUUAAUUUUUAGAAGUAUAUGGUUAUCGAGAAUUUUUCAUUUAAAUUUGUUCAAUGUUUUAAUAGAUAUUAUCUCAUGUAAUCAAAAAUUAGUCGAUAAUUCUAUUUUCUCAUUAGAUAUACUAUUAUGUUUGUGCUCAUAUAAACACAAACAAAAUUAUGAACAGUUAAUAAUUUCAUUAUUUCAUAUAUGCUUUGAUGAUAUAGAUAAAAUUUUAAAUAACGUAAAAAAACAAAUACUUUUUUAUUAUUGCUUUUUAUUUUUGGAAAUAUAUUACCCAUUAUUGUUUUUAAAAGUUUCUAACAAAAUAAAAAAUAAUUUUUUUCAUGAUGAAAUUCAAAACAAAGAAUUAUCAGAUAAAGGUAAUAUAAAUAUAAAUCAAAAUUUAAUUAAGAAAAACAAUUUUGAAAAUAAUAAAGGAAGAAUAAAGCAUAGAAAAAAUUAUGAUAACAAUACGAUACAUAUAAGAAUAGAUAAAAACCUAAAAAAAAUAGAAAGAAAUGAGAAUACCUUAGAAAAUAUUGAAAAUACCUCAUAUUAUGAAAUAAAAGAUGGUACUACAAAUAGUAACAAUGAAAUGAAUUAUUUAGAUGCUUCUUACAAAAUUAAUAUAUUAAAUUAUUUAAGACAAUUUUUUUUUCUUCAACAAAAAAAAAAUGCAUAUAGUUACGAUUUAUUUCAUUUUUCUGAAGUUCUCAAUAGUUUAAAUGUGACAAAACUAAAAUUUAAUAAUGUAGAUAAUAUUUUUUUUAAAAAUUAUGAGUUAAAUAAUUUAUUUGUAUUGAAUAUAUAUUUUCCUUUUAUGAAAUUUUGUAUUUUGUUUACAAAAGACAAAAAUAUUUCAAAAAAUUCAAGAAAUUAUAGGAUGAAUAAUUUCAUUAUGAAUGAUAGUAGUGUUUUAAUAAAAAAAAAAGAAUUUUCUGAGUAUAAAAUGGAAGAAAAUUCUUAUAAGGAAACUAAAUUAAAUAAUGGUGACAUGAAAGAAUUUAAUUUUUCUUUUGAUUAUAAUUAUCGAAGUGAUAUUAAUAUACUUGUACAAAAAUUAUAUUUGUAUAAGAAUUAUAAAAUAAAUGUUAUUGAAAUACCUAUUGAAAAAAUAAAAAUAUUUUUUAAGAUAAACAACAAUGAAAAACAAAAUUCAAUUAUAAAUGAAUCAAAUUUCUUAUUUGAACAAGUAUACCAACAGAUUUUAAAAAACAAAAAAGAUAAUUGUGUAGAUUUAAAUAUCUUAUCAUCACUUCUAAUAAAACAAUUACAAUUCAUUUUUCAACUAAAUUAA